AUGUCUUGGAAGCUUGGAAAGAAAUUCAAAGAGGGCGCGAAUCUAGGCGCUCGUACGCCGCUAGAUCGCUCCGCUACGCCCACCCCGGGCAAUCCAGGCACCGACGCCAGCGCCAGCGCUUCUUCAUCCUCGUCCAACCUCCUCGCUUCCUCCGAUGGCGCUCCCAUCCCCCGCUCCGGUCUCUUGACCAUCCGUGUCAUUGACGCCCGCGGCCUUUCACUUCCACCGGGAAUGCAGACCCCGCCCGCUGUUGCACGCGCUCUGGCACACCACAACCCCAACGCCUCGUCACUUGCACAGUCCUUCGGCGCAGGACACCGCGAAAACAGGCAGAGCAUGCAGCGCAAACAGUGCUGGUGGCUGCCCUACCUCGUGCUCGAGUUCGACAAGAACGAGAUCCUCAUCGACGCCAUUGGCGGUGACAUUCAAGGCCCCACCUGGAUGUUCCGCGCCCACUUUGAUGUCUCACGUAUCUCCGAGAUCAGUUUGCAAACCUACCUUCGUUCGGGCGAUGGACACACACAGCAACCCGAGGCGAGUCGCGACGGUCAGGGCGACGAUGUGAUGGGUGUCAGCGACAUCUACCUCGGUGGUGUCAAAUUUGUCCCAGACUUUGAGAACCAGCGCACGUCGGAUGCGUGGUAUCCACUGGCCGGUGGCAACGGCCAGAUCCACGUCCAGGUCUCGUACCGAAGCGACUCGCGCAGCUCGCUCAACAUGGAAGCCUUUGAGCUGCUCAAGGUCAUUGGCAAAGGCAGCUUUGGUAAAGUCAUGCAGGUGCGAAAGCGUGACACGUCGCGAAUCUAUGCGCUCAAGACCAUCCGCAAGGCGCACAUUGUCUCACGGUCCGAAGUGACCCACACCCUCGCCGAACGUACCGUGCUCGCCCAGGUGAACAAUCCCUUCAUUGUACCGCUCAAAUUUUCGUUCCAGAGUCCCGACAAGCUAUACCUCGUGCUCGCCUUCAUCAACGGAGGCGAGCUCUUCCACCAUCUCCAGCGAGAGGGAAGGUUCAACGAGGAGCGCUCGCGAUUCUACGCUGCCGAGCUGCUGUGUGCGCUCGAGCACCUGCACGGGUUUAAUGUGGUCUACCGCGACCUCAAGCCCGAGAACAUCUUGUUGGACUACACGGGCCACAUUGCACUCUGCGACUUUGGACUUUGCAAGCUCAACAUGGGCGAUCAAGAGACGACCAACACCUUUUGCGGUACACCCGAGUACCUUUCGCCCGAGUUGCUGCUCGGACAGGGGUACACCAAAGCGGUGGAUUGGUGGACGCUCGGAGUGCUACUGUACGAGAUGCUCACCGGGUUGCCGCCCUUCUACUCGGAAGACGUCAACGAGAUGUACCGCAAGAUCUUGCAGGACCCGUUGCGGUUCGGCGACGAAGUGUCACCGGACGCUCGACACCUCUUGACGCUGCUGCUCAACAGGGAUCCCGCCCAGCGUCUCGGAUCGGGCCCGCACGGCGCAGCGGACAUCAGGGCGCAUCCCUUCUUCGCAAAGCACAUCGACUGGAAGCUCUUGCUCGCGAAAAAGAUCCCGCCGCCGUUCAAGCCCAGUGUCGCCUCGGCCAUCGAUACGAGCAACUUUGACCCGGAGUUCACCAACGAGCCACCGAUGGACAGUGUGGUGGACGAUAGCCACAUGCUGUCUGCCACCGUGCAGGAGCAGUUUGUCGGCUUUUCCUACAAUGCGCCUAACGCGAUGACAGGUGAGAGCUUGAGGGAUUAA